UUGGACGGUUUGUCAUCACCCACUGUUCUAGUUGACCACGCCACUUCACCAUUGUGUUGAUUAACAAGGAAUCCAUCAUAAAAUCACAUUAAUGAAACAUUUAGAAUCGCCAUCUUGAACACGCCCACUUCUCUCAUCCUCGAGCUCGGUCUCGUGAUAGCCGUGACACAAGUUAGCUUCUCCAGUUCAGCUGCUAAUAGAGUCAUGUUGUUCAGAUAGCUAAGAAAAACAUAAUAGUAAUUGUAUGUGUAUCUGAAAUAACCUCACAGACUACUGAAGAUGUUGUCUCGUCUACUGAAGGAGCACCAGGCGAAACAGAAUGAGCGCAAAGAGCUACAGGAGAGACGCAGGCGUGAAGCCAUUGCAGCAGCCACCUGCCUUACAGAAGCCCUGGUAGACCACCUCAAUGUUGGUGUUGCUCAGGCAUAUGUAAACCAGCGUAAGCUCGACCAUGAGGUGAAGACUCUCCAGGUGCAGGCGAGCCAGUUCUCCAAACAAACCGCUCAGUGGAUCAGCAUGGUGGAGGGUUUCAAUCAGGCCCUGAAGGAAAUUGGGGACGUAGAAAACUGGGCCCGCAGUAUUGAGAUGGACAUGAGGACCAUCGCCACAGCCUUGGAGUAUGUACACAAAGGUCAACUUCAGACGGCCUCCUCAUAAACCUUGUGGUGUGAUUUUUAGAGCUGGAGGCUCAACACACAACAGAGAUCUUGUUGACUCCUCUCGGCGAAGAUGCAGUUUGCAUUGACAUGGUUUGUCUGCAGGCCUUAUUGAGCGGGCUAAAGCAGAUGGUUACUUCUGUUCAGAGAAAUGUUUAAAGUCUGGUUUAUUUUAUCAAACUUUAUAUGUAUAAAUGUUGACCACCUGCUUGUGAAAGUUUUAAGGGGCCUGACACGAAGACCUAAAUUAUUUCAAUGUCUAUGGCAUGUGUUUCUAUGUGCAGUGAUGACUACUGCUUUUUGUAAGAGAGCUUAACUGUAAAGCUGAUGGAACAUUAUUUGAAAUAAAGUUUUAAAAAAGCA